AUUGACUGUUUUGGUCCGUGACAAUUUAAUAUUGGAUUUUAAUAUUUUAAAUAAAACUCUUUACAUUAAUAUUUUUCUUUACAUACUAUAGUUGUACUCAUGGCCAUGAGCACUCGGUUACGUACUAUAGGUGAUAUUCAUUUGUUGAAAAUGGAGGCGUGAUGGAGGUGUAGUUGUCGCAGGACUAGGAUUUUCAAGUUUGCGGUUGUGAAGAUUUCCACGUCCAGCAUGGCAGGAAACAAGGUGAAUACCAAAACAAAAGCUAAGGAAGAUAGGAAUAAAGCUAAUUCUAAGAAUAUUGGUCAAACUAAUGAAGAUUCUGAAGAAACAGACUUUGCUUUGCUUAGAAAACCUAUACCUACAAGUAUAACAGGGUUUGGCCAAGCAAGAAAAAUUUUUGACUUGGCUACUGAAGAACUCAAAGACUUAUUAUCAAAUGAGUGUGAUUUACUAUAUGAGUGCAAGGUUUGCAGAAAUAUAUUUAGGAGCUUAGCAAAUUUCAUAUCACAUAAGCGUGUUUAUUGCAAGGAAAAGUUUAGUUCUUCGUUGCAUAGUCAUUUUAUCAAUGCUACUUCAACGUAUAAUGAACUUCUGAAAAUAAAACAUUUGGAACAAGGAUAUCAAGCUUCUUUGAAGGAAAAUGUUGAAAAGGACAGUAAUGAUGUAGAUGACAGAGUGCCACUAACCAAGGACUUGACAGCAAUAGUGGAGAAAAUUGCCAAAAACAAAGGAGUUUACCAAAACAAUAAUGAGGAACCUGAAAUAGCAUUACAAAAGAUACCAAACAGUUCUGUAGCUGUUUUUCAAAGUGUUCAGACAUCCGAAGAUAGACAAAAUGAAAAUAUGAAAGCGCAAGUAAAUGAGUUGGACAAUAUUUUAUCAAGGGACAUUGCUGUUCUGCAAAGUGAUGGCAACUUUAAAGUGAAGAGUUCAGUAUCUGAAGAAUCUGAUAAUGUCAUACAAAUUAGUGAUGAUGAAGACAAUAACGAUGUUACCGAUAUACUUAAAUGUAAAAUAUGUGAUAUACAGUUCUCAACCCAAAAGACUUUGAAGUUCCAUAUGAAUUACAAACAUGUUGAAACUCGCCUUGUUUAUCCAUGCCCAGAUUGUCUGGAAAUUUUCUCCACAUCUUGGAGUGUGUAUAGGCAUCUCUUCAAAGUUCAUAGAAAAACUGCUGCACAAAUCCGAAGGCUUAGGGAAUCGAUACAAGCGAAGGCUUUCAAAAUGAACAAUCCGCCCGCGUUCUAUGAAAAACGUAAGAACAAUAUGAAGAUUACUGCUCAGAAAAUUUCAGAAGAGGAAAGAUUAGAACAAGAGAAUCAGGCUUGGAUGGACAACAUGGAGGGAGACGGGGAGCUGCCACGAUGCGGGGGCUGCGGCCGCACGUUCGAGCGGCGCGCCGCCCUCGCCGCGCACACGCACACCUGCCAGCCGCGCUCCCGCGCCCUCUCGCGGCGCCAGCCUGAAACUAAGAAGAUCGAAAUCCAAAUUCGCAAAGAUUACCACAAGGGACCCUCCGUUAAUUUGAACUUACCCAUCAAAAUUACUGAUGCUAACGAAAACAAAAUUACUAAGGAUGAGCAGCAAGCAGUACCUAAACCAAAAAAAGAGGAAGAAAAACAAAUUGUAAUUGAAGACAAAGAUGUUGAUGAAGACAAGGUUGUGGAUGACGACAAGGUUGUGGUGGAUGACAAGGUCGUGCUAGAUGACGACAAGGUCGUAGUGGAUGACGCGGCAAUGGACGUAAGUGACGACGACAGCAAAUCCAACGACGCAACAGAAUCCCCGGAAAAAGUGCCUGAGAAACGACAAAUAGAUCCGCCAAAACUUAAUAUUAGAUUACCUUUCGCUCAUCAAGCAGAAAAAAGCAACCGUACAGCAUUCAGACAGAGAAUCCAAUCAGAAAUAGAAAUAACCAAAAUGUUGUGUAAGAGAUGUGACGCCCAAUUUGGUGAGACACAAGAACUGUACGAUCAUGUGGCGGAACAUGUCAAAUGGAUGCGGUAUGCUUGCAAGUUGUGUAACUUCAAGCAUUACUUCUUCGAGAAGUUACCUGAACAUGUUAAAGUUGUUCAUAAACUAAAAGGUGAUAAGGACUUUUACUAUAGUACUGUGAAAGCCAUUGAUGGUCCAGAAGCUUUGGAACUAUGCGAGUCGACAGACGAGCUGCCUGAUGCUACUGAAACGAGUCCAGAAUCUAGACGUCCGAGCCGGUGCUCUAGUGAUUCCAGUAGAUUAUCUGAUGACAGUUCCUCAAGUAGCACUCGAGUAGAAGGCUUAAGUAGAAAGAGAAAAGUAUUCCACAGCAAAACCAAUGCGAAAAAGAGAAAGGAAUUUAUUGCUAAACCAGUUCAAGAUAAAGAUGGAGAUUCCUCAAUGGACAAAAGUAUCAGCCUAGACAACUAUUCAUCUACAAAUAUCAAAAACUUUGAAGAAAACUCUUCAGACUUAGAUGAUAUUGAUGCUAAAAAGCAUGUAUCUAACGACAACACGUCAUCUGUCGCAUCUAGAAGACCAGUUAGAAGAAAAACGAAACCUAAGAAUGCAGACUUUGAAUAUGAUUUAUCAAAUUUAUUGAAAAUGGAAGCACAAGGCUAUAGAGAUUCUAUAACAAUGGCGACGGCCAAAUCAGGCCAAACUAAGAAAAAAGCUCAACAAGAAAUACAAAGUAACUAUGAUAAUCUCAACAAAGAAUGCUGUGGAGCACUAGUCACUUUGUCAAAGAAGUCUGUUGAAAGAUCAGCAGCACAUAUAAAAACAGAUUUCUCUACUCUUUGCCCCCAAAAAGAUACUAGACUUCCAAAUGUAUUUGUCAGACCAAUGUUACCCAAGAUUAUUUCGAGAGGAGAUAAAAUAUCUCCCAAGAAGGAAAAUAACGAAGAUACGAAAGAAUCUCCUAGUCCUGUAAAAGAAGUGCCUGAAAAAGCUUCCCCAAUUAAAAAUGUUCCUGUUGAGGAAGUUUCCAAAGCUAAAGAUGAUGAAGUUAAUACAGUGCCAGAAGUAGUCGAAAGUACAGUUUCUACUAAAGAACAAAAUAGCAUAAAACCUAAACUUCCUGAAAUAAUUAAAUCGAAAAGUCUUCCGUCAGUUGUUCCUUUUAAAUUUCGACGACAGAGUAUAGAAGUUAUGAAAAAUCCUAUUAUUAACAAAAGCAUUACGGAUUUCACAAAAUCCGGAUUGAAAACGAAGAUACUAGUCAUCAAGCCAAUCAACAGAAGCAAGGAUGGGACACAAGCGUUGAACACUCCACUUAAGUUUCAAACUAUAAAACUGAAAGACCCAAACAAAAGGAAUUCGAGUGACGACCAAGAUCAGGUAGUCGUCGUUAAAGUACCUAAAGUGGAUUGCGCAAUAGCUAGACCGAUUAGUGAAGUACCCAACAAAAAUAAUGAAACAGCAUCCCCAGCGUCUUCCGAAACACCAGCAGAAACCUCAGCAACAGCAAUAAUAACACCUACUGAAAAUACUAAAUCAAUAAAACCUGAAGAUAAAAGUAAUGAUAUGUCUACUUUAACUGUAUCUGACACUGAAGUAGACAAAACCGUUCCCACCGAUAUUGAAGAAUGUGUUUCAUUAUUAGAUAAUGACAAUAUGGAUAAGAAAUCUGAAGAUAGACUGCUCGAUGACGAUGAUGAUGAUAUUAUCGAAGAAGAUGGUAUUGAAUCUGUAAUAAAUAAAGAAACUCCUACAGAAAUUAUUGACACAACUGUAUUAUAGACUUUGUAAGAAAUGACGGAAACAUUUAUUUAAGUUAAUGCUUUAAAGCACUUUUAGUUUAAAUCAAUUAGAACCUAUGCCUUUAGGUAGAAAUAACAA